UACUUGUUUUCUUUCUUCCAAAUCUUGUUUGUUUUUCAAAGGUGUCCAAGGUACAUACAACCACAGAAUCUAACACAGAAUCUAACCAGUGUCUCAGAAUUCUUCCUCCUGGGCCUGUCAGAUGAUCCAGAACUGCAGCCUUUGCUCUGUGUCCUGUUUCUGUCUAUGUACCUGGUCACCAUGUUGGGGAACCUGCUCAUCAUCCUGGCCAUCACCUCUGACCCCCACCUCCACACCCCCAUGUACUUCUUCCUCUCCAACCUCUCCUUGGCUGACAUUGGUUUUGUCUCUACCACAGUCCCCAAGAUGAUUGUGAACAUCCUAACUCAUAGCAGAGUCAUCUCCUAUGGGGGCUGCCUGACACAGAUGUCUUCUUUUAUAUUUUUUGGAUGUAUGGAUGGUAUGCUUCUGUCUAUGAUGUCCUAUGACAGGUUUGUGGCCAUCUGUCACCCACUGCACUACCUGGUCAUCAUGAACCCACACCUCUGUUUCUCUUUAGUUUUGGUGUCUUUUUGUAGCCUUAUGGACUCCCAGGUACACAAUUUGAUUGUGCUACAACUUACCUGCUUCAAAGAUGUAGAAAUUUCCAAUUACUUCUGUGACCCUUCUCUGCUCCUUAAGCUUGCCUGUUCUGACACUUUCACCAAUAAUAUAAUCCUGUAUUUUACUGGUGCCAUUUUUGCUUUUGUCCUUUUCUCAGGGAUCUUUUUCUCUUAUUAUAAAAUUCUUUCCUCCAUUUUGAGAGUCCCAUCAUCAGGUGGGAGGUAUAAAGCAUUCUCCACCUGUGGCUCUCACCUGACAGUUGUUUGCUUAUAUUAUGGAACAGGCCUUGGUGUGUACCUCAGCUCAGCCAUCUCACAGUCUCCCAGGAAGGAUUCACUGGCCUCAGUUAUGUACACUGUGGUCACCCCCAUGCUGAACCCCUUCAUCUACAGCCUGAGGAACCGAGACAUCAAAAGGGCCUUGUGCAGAUUCCUCAACAAAACAGUCUAA